ACCCCGCGCGUGAAGUGUAUGACGUCACUGUGGUUGUUUGGGUGAAGGAGGUAAACGGGCGACCGUGUGGAUUUUCGCAAAAUACCGACUCGGGGGCGGUUUUAUGGUGAAGCGUGACAUUUCGGCGUCCUGAACGAUGUCCACGCCGGCCAGAAGACGACUCAUGAGGGACUUUAAAAGGCUGCAAGAAGACCCUCCCACUGGAGUGAGUGGCGCUCCGUCAGAAAAUAACAUCAUGCUGUGGAAUGCGGUUAUUUUUGGGCCGAUGGGGACUCCAUUUGAAGAUGGAACAUUUAAGCUUGUGAUAGAGUUUUCAGAAGAGUAUCCAAACAAGCCUCCCACAGUUCGAUUCAUCUCUAAAAUGUUCCAUCCAAAUGUUUAUGCAGAUGGGAGUAUAUGUCUAGACAUCCUCCAGAAUCGAUGGAGCCCCACGUACGAUGUAUCGUCUAUCCUGACGUCCAUCCAGUCCCUGUUGGAUGAACCGAACCCUAACAGUCCAGCCAACAGCCAGGCUGCCCAGCUUUACCAGGAAAAUAAGCGGGAGUACGAGAAGAGAGUGUCGGCCAUCGUGGAGCAGAGCUGGAGUGACCCUUAACGCCCGAAUAAGCAGAAUUUAAAAAAAAAAAAACAACAAACCCAUGUGCUUCUCAUCACUGUUAUCGAAUCCAGUCUUUUAUUUACCUCAUCAAGAAAGGAAAUCAAUAACUGAAGAACUAUUAAGUGCCACAAGUUUAAAAAAAAAAUGUAGGGACUUUUUCUUGCUUGCCAACUUGUUUGAAGAAACCAACCUCUUGAGGUUCGUGUUAAUUUUUUUUUAUUGCAUGAUGUGAAAUAAGUUAUUGCUAACAGAAUUUGUAAUAUAUCUUUUUUUUUUUUUUUGUUGGUGGAGUUAUGCUGUUAAAGUUCAGUUUCUAAGGAGCCUUUUUAUGUUUAAUUUUAAUUUAAUUUUUUUUUUCCUGGUUUUAACAAUUUUUUUCAGUUCGGAGUACUUGUCCAGUUUAUAGAAUGGCAGAGGUAUGCUUAUUACUGAAAGAAUGGCUAUUUGCAGUUUUUAAUUCCAAAAAUAUCAGUGCUGUAUAGCUUGUGCAAAUAUGACAUCAUCUGCCACUGGUGAUGGUAAGCCCCUGCAGCACUGGAAUAUCACUGGCAGCAUUCCACUGCAGAGGGAGGGUGUGAUUGGCCAGGGUAUGCUGGAUGGCUGGCUCCGUCAGCGCCCCCUGCAGGUCUGUCAUGCACACACACGGUCUCAGCAGUUGAGCUUACAGCUCCUCCAGCUAGCAUCUUUAUAGGGGGUGGGGGGGCAAUCUGAUGGGCAGACUGUUCGGUGGGUGGGGGAUUGCGUGCGUCAUAUGACGCAGACCCCUGGGAGCCUUGCAGGAAGCAGAGUAUCCCUCAGGACAAUGACAGUGAGGUUGUAUUAGGUAUUUAAAAUUGGGGGAUGAAAUGAAAAUGUAAAGCAGGUAUCCACAAUAUCAAGCAGCAUGCCUGGCAUCCUAUGUUGAUUGUACUUUUGGAAUAAUUUUUUCCGUAAUUAAAACUGGUGUAUAUAAAUGA